UGUGGUGGACAUGGAUGAAGGAAAGGCUGAGGCUGUUUCUAGGGAACUCUUUCUUAAAGGGAUCCUUGCCAUUUCCAUCACGGCUGACAUCAGUAAGUCCAGUGAUGUCCAGAGGAUGGUAGACACCGUCGUCUCCAAAUGGGGAGCGAUCCACAUUGCCUGUAACAAUGCUGGGAUCAACAUGAACUCGGCCAGUGAAGACACCAGUCUGGAGGAGUGGGAUCGAACCUUCGACGUCAACCUGAGGGGUACCUUUAUGUGCUGUCAGGCAGCGGGUCGAGUGAUGUUAAAGCAAGGAUACGGGAAGAUUAUCAACACAGCCUCCAUGGCCAGUCUAAUAGUCCCCCAUCCUCAGAAGCAGCUUUCUUACAACACGUCUAAAGCAGGAGUGGUCAAACUGACGCAGACUCUGGGCACCGAAUGGGUCGAGAGAGGAGUGCGUGUCAACUGCAUCUCACCAGGGAUUGUUGACACCCCUCUCAUCCACUCAGAGGAUCUGAGGCCUCUGGUGCAGCGCUGGCUGUCAGAUAUUCCUGCUGGUAGACUGGCUCAAGUGACAGACCUGCAAGCUGCAGUGGUCUACUUGGCAUCUGAAGCCUCUGACUACAUGACAGGGCAUAACUUAGUCAUAGAGGGUGGGCAAAGUCUGUGGUAGAA